CCGUGGACUGCAUUGCAGAGGAUUAUUCUAACAUUCUUCCCAAUACCCUGAAAGUCGGAGUGGAACGUUAACCAAAACCCUCAAAAUCUCAGUCUUCUCUCUUCGAUUCAAGAUGUCGACAUUCUUCAGGAGAUUAAGCAAAGCAACGCCGAUCGCAUUUUCACAUGCUUUCCGAGGGCAAUCGCAAUCAAAUUCAACGCAUUUUCGAUUUCCAGUUGGAGCAAUCGCUGCUAUCUCUGGUGGAAUCUCGUAUUUCUACUACUUUUCUGAGCCAAAUUUGGCCCAUUUAGAUCAAAUCAAUGAGGAAACAGGUCCUAAAACUGCUCUUAAUCCUGACAAAUGGAUAGAGUUUAAACUGCAAGAGAAAGCUAAAGUCAGCCACAAUACACAGCUAUACAGGUUUUCUUUUGAUCCAAAUCUCCAUUUGGGACUCGAUGUUGCAUCAUGCCUUAUUACAAGGGCUCCAUUAGGAGAAGAUGCUGAAGGAAAAACAAAAUAUGUUGUUCGUCCAUACACCCCCAUAUCAGAUCCAGAUUCUAAAGGUUACUUUGAUUUGAUGAUUAAGAUUUAUCCUGAAGGGAAAAUGAGCCAGUAUUUUUCAAAACUAAAUCCGGGUGAUGUGGUUGAAGUAAAAGGACCCAUUGAGAAGAUCAGAUACACUCCCAAUAUGAAGAAACACAUUGGCAUGAUUGCAGGUGGCUCAGGAAUCACUCCAAUGCUUCAGGUUAUUGAAGCCAUUCUUAAGAAUCCUGAUGAUAACACCAAAGUUUCGUUGAUUUAUGCGAAUGUAUCACCAGAUGACAUUCUACUAAAAAAGAAACUUGACAUGCUUGCUUCCAGCCACCCUAAUUUGAAGGUAUUUUAUACUGUUGAUAAUCCAUCAAAGUAUUGGGUUGGACGCACAGGUUACAUAUCAAAAGACAUGGCCUCAAAAGGCUUACCUUCUCCAAGUGACGACACACUUAUACUUGUGUGUGGGCCACCUGGAAUGAUGGAACAUGUAUCUGGUGGCAAAGCCAAAGAUUGGUCACAAGGUGAGGUGAGUGGAGUACUCAAAGAACUUGGAUACACAGAAGGAAUGGUUUACAAGUUUUAAAAAACAUUGGUGAGUUAAAUUGUUUUAUUAUUAUUAUUAUUAUUAUUAAGAAUAAAUUAGUUGUUUUUUGUGUGGAAAUGAUUCCCUUUAUGUUAGAUUGGGAAUCAUUGGAUAAUAGCAAAACAAAGUUGCAACAACAAUGAAUUGGAC